CCCGGGCCGCGUGCCAGCCCCGUGCCCUACCGACGGCCCCGCUUCCUGCGCGGCUCCAGCUCCAGCCCUGGGGCAGCCGACGCCUCGCGCCGCCCAGACUCCCGGGCCGUGCGCAGCCCGGCACGAGGACGCACGCUACCCUGGAAUGCAGGCUACGCCGAGUGAGUGCCCCUCCCCAACCCCCAGCUCGGGCGCGGGCCUGAGCCCGCUUCGGGUCCUGCGCCGGCCUAGAAAGUGGGAGGAGCUGAGUGAGUGACAGCCCCCACCCACCUGUGGACAGCCCCUUCUUGCCCUCACCUCCGAAUCCUGACAACUUCCCCAUCAUCCCGACCCAGCGUUUUCCUUGGGAUUCCGACCUCCCCCUCAGAGAAGACAGGAGGAGGUCGGGAAGGACCUGCAGCCCAGGGGCUUCCAAGAUGAGGCCCAGAGACUCGGUAGACUUCCAGCAUUCGGGGCUUUGAAGAUUUCCCCUCGCCCCCUACCCCCACCAUCUCACCCUGGGUAUGACCUGCGCUGUAUGGGACAGGGCUUUGGGCUGCGACAGGACAGGGACAGGACCGGAACCUACCCUUACCUUCUAGCCCUGGGUCACCAGGAUUAUCAAUGCAGAGAAAUCUGAAUUCAAUGAGGAUCAAGCUGCCUGUGGGAAGCUGUGCAUCCGGAGAUGUGAGUUUGGGGCUGAAGAAGAGUGGCUGACCCUGUGCCCAGAGGAGUUCCUGACAGGCCAUUACUGGGCACUGUUCGAUGGGCACGGCGGUCCUGCAGCAGCUAUCUUGGCUGCCAACACCCUGCACUCCUGCUUGCGCCAGCAGCUGGAGGCCGUGGUAGAAGGCUUGGUGGCCACUCAGCCCCCCAUGCACCUCAAUGGCCGCUGCAUCUGCCCCAGUGACCCUCAGUUUGUGGAGGAAAAGGGCAUCAGGGCAGAAGACUUGGUGAUCGGGGCAUUGGAGAGUGCCUUUCAGGAAUGUGAUGAGGUGAUCGGGCGGGAGCUGGAGGCCUCAGGCCAGGUGGGCGGCUGCACAGCCCUGGUGGCUGUGUCCCUGCAGGGAAAGCUGUACGUGGCCAAUGCUGGGGAUAGCAGGGCCAUCUUGGUGCGGAGAGAUGAGAUACGGCCACUGAGCUUCGAGUUCACCCCAGAGACUGAGCGGCAGCGGAUCCAGCAGCUGGCCUUUGUCUACCCUGAGCUUCUGGCUGGCGAGUUCACCCGACUGGAGUUCCCUCGGCGGCUGAAGGGGGAUGACUUGGGACAGAAGGUUUUGUUCAGGGAUCACCACAUGAGUGGCUGGAGCUACAAACGUGUGGAGAAAUCUGAUCUCAAGUACCCACUGAUCCACGGACAGGGUAGGCAGGCUCGGUUACUAGGAACACUGGCUGUCUCCCGGGGCCUGGGAGACCAUCAGCUCAGAGUCCUGGACACAAACAUCCAGCUCAAGCCCUUCUUGCUCUCUGUCCCACAGGUGACUGUGCUGGAUGUGGACCAGCUGGAGCUACAGGAGGAUGAUGUGGUUGUCAUGGCAACUGAUGGACUCUGGGAUGUCCUGUCCAACGAGCAGGUUGCAUGGCUGGUGCGGAGCUUCCUCCCUGGGAACCAAGAGGACCCACACAGGUUCUCAAAGCUGGCCCAGAUGCUGAUACACAGCACACAGGGAAAGGAAGACAGUCCCACAGAGGAAGGGCAGGUGUCCUACGAUGACGUCUCUGUGUUCGUGAUUCCCUUGCACAGUCAGGGCCAAGAGAGCAGUGGCCACUGAGGAUUCAAGACACUGUAUCCCAGAACUGCUCUAGUGCCCAGGUGUGGUCUGGGCAUCCCUCCACUGUGACCAAGAGCAAAUCCUGCCUGCCCUAUCCCUAGCCACAGCCCAGUGCUCUCACUAUCCACCUCAACACACAUCCAUCUCAAGAGGAACAUUUAUACCAGGCAGUCAGAGCUGGAAGUGUAUGGAGAGCCCAGCCCACCAGGUCCUGCCUUUUGCAGUGAUAACCUUCUCUGGCAGAGUGACUUUACAACUUAACUAGGAAACCCAUGUGAGGCUCUUCAGACAGGAUCUUCAACAGCCCAAAGUAUCAUUCUCAGAUAGGGGCACCCAGGCUAAGGGUAUUAGCCAAAGAUGCCAGGAUGAGCAGCUAGCCCAUGUUUAGAUCCAGGUCUCCAAUUCAUAGAUGUCAGGGCAUGUGUUCAACAACCCCCAAAGUCCAUGCAGGGUGGCUUGUAGAAACCUUUGGGCAGCCUCAUGUCUGCUAAAACAGCCAUCUUCAAGACAGCCCCUGAAAAGAGACCAGUUCAGGUCCUGCCCUGCUGUUCUUUGCUGGAGAUGAGGAACAGGCGCUGGGGCUAAAGUUUGGAGUAGAGCACAAGGGACAAGAGGAACUCUUGGAGUUGGCUGGGUGAGAGGGCUCUCCAUUUGCUACCUGUAGUAGCCUGCCUCCUAACUGGUUGCUUCUCCCUAGUUCCAGCCCUGCCCUGGUCUGAUGCCCCAACACUGCCCUUGCUUUGUUUUCCCUGUCACCUCCUUAUUAUUAAAUGUUUUCUACAGAAGA